AUUCCACUUCAUUUUUUAUGUUUGUAAUUAGAAGAUAUAUAUGUACCUAAAUUUUUAUUUUUUCAAAAAAGAUUUUGUUAUGACUCGAGAUAAUUGGGCUAUUCAGUGUGUGAAUUUGGUCAUAUGAAAGAAGAAUGGACAAGGAAAUGAGUGAAAAAUCAGCUGAGUUGUGAGCUGGUUUUUUUUGGAUAGAUGUAAAUUUGGAAGGGGGUUGAAGGGUUAUUUUCAGUUAGCAAAGGGGUUACUUUCGGAGAGGUGGAAGACUAGAUGGUUCCUUUUCUAAGCUCCAUUCAUUUCCAGAUGUUUAUGUUGUUUUUAUAGAAUAGACUCAUCUGGAUUGGUCUCUAUCCUUCCUAUCUGUUGUCAUUUGUCUGUUUAAUUUACUUCCCAUUGAUCUUAUUUCUCUAAUAAUGAAACCUUGAGGUUGGUGAACUUGGUUUCCCCUUACUCUAAUUAACUGCUUUUUGGCUUUGUUUCAGUUUAGUGAACUAGUUUCUUUCCAGAACAAGAAAAAGCGUAUACAAAUCAGUCUUAAUCUCUGCUUUCUCGUAUGCUUAACUUAGCUUUCUUUUUUGUAUUUUGUUUUGCUGCUUUGACUUUCUUUGCACCGGUUCUGAUUAUGCAAACUUCAAAAGAUUCUUCUUCUAGUUCCAAAUUCUCAUAAGCUUUGCAGAAUUGUAGGUGGAAACUAUGAUGGUUUCGUUUUGUAUGUUCCAUACAUAGACUUUGCAUAAGAUUUUGGAACCUAAUUUCAAGCCAUCCAUCAAGAGAGUUCUACCAGUUCACUGGCUACAUUUAUUGUCAGAUACAAGAUGCAACGAUUCUAUCGGUCCAUCUGUCCUCCUUCAAUUGAACAUUUAUGCAAAUUGGUUGUUGACUAACAAUUUACGAGUCCUUCCCACUCUCACUCAGUGUUGCUAUUCUAUACCCCCUAGCUACCAUCUACUUUACUAAAUGUUCAAGCUUUCAAUGCUUCUGUAUACAAUGCAUUUUAGUCAAUAACCUCCCAGUCCCAUCACUUUAUUAUCUGUUUCAGUACUUGGUGCUGUGGGUGGAUAACCUUGACUCUGACGUUUGUUGAACAACCAAGCAUUUGUUCCUUCCUACCCUUUUUACCUUAUUUACAAACACAGGCCAUGAAAUUUAGGUCAGAAAAAGAGACUUCUUAUCACAUUAUUAAGAAUGAAAUGAUUGGCAUUCAUUUCCUUGCUGCAGCAUAGGGUAGAAACUGAAAAAUGAGGACGCUGUUAGCUUGAAUGAUUUGUUUGUGUGCAGUAAUUCUUGGGUUUGUUUAUCUAGAGGAUCACUUUAUCUUUUUGUUUCCACAGAUAAUGAUUGGACUCUGGAUAUUUGAAGAUUAAUCCAGUUCUUGAUACAGGUUUACCAAUUGAUGCUAUUUUCUUUCUUUUUCAAUAUGAUCUUCAAAAUGGCAAAGUAGAUUUCAGUGUACAUAGUGCUGGAAGCUUUUAGAUUGGUACAGUUUUCAGAUUUACUCUGAUGUUGCUCUUGUAUGUGUACAUACCUUAAAUACAUUGCAGCCAUUAAUAGGUUAAAUCUCUCAAUCUCUCCCCUUAUCUGCUCCUCUCUCUCAUAGUCACACAUAUUGUAUUUGGAAGGAUGGAGCGUUAUCAUCUGCUCAUAAUUUUUGUUUUUUGGGGUCUGAUGAUGAAUCUGUUGAAAAAUUAUCUGACAUUUGUACCUUGUUUCAUAACAUGAGGAACAUUCUUGUAGUAUUUGAAUGGCACUAAAUUGUUUCCUUUCUUUUACUUGCAGUUUAUGGGUUGGGAUAAAUGAAGUCGCAGCUCAAAAUUGCUCUUGCUUUUGUUAUUAGCUUGCUCUUUAUUCAACACUCAUUUUGUGAUGAACCUUCUGAUACAUCUAGCCAAAACAAGUGGAAAUGCAGAUGUUCUUUCCAAGGGAACCAGAGCUACUCUCUCGCAAAUUGUUCAAAGUCAUGUGAUUGCCACUCAGAUGCUGAAGAGAGUGCAUCAGCAUGGACAUGCAUAUGUGAUCCUAAUGGGUUUCCCCAAGUCGCAGCAGAUGGCCAUAGCCCUAAUUGCUUUAAUGCUUGCAACUGCACCUGGGGAACUGUCACCAUGCCGGGAGGUUCAAAGAAACAUGUUUCCAGCAAGAUUGUUGUUGUCAUUCUAUUGAUAUGUGUUAUAUGCACAACCAUGGCAUUUCUUAUCUCGGUUAUAUGCUAUGUCUACCGAAGGGACAGAUGUGCUAUUCAACCACCAGUAUUCUCAUCGGAUAAGGAAAUGAGUAGUGGUAGUACGGCCAACUUAAUCAGUCAUAGGUCAGGGGCUUCUUCAGUGCCAGAAACAAAAUUUACUAUACAUUCUCCUAUUUUUCAUAUUACAGGAUGCUUUAGGAAAGCCUCUUUCUUGUUUGGGAGCCAAAAAGAAACUUUUCAUGGAAAUAUUAUUCAGUUUUCAUUAGCUGAACUGGAAAAUGCCACUGAAAACUUUUCAGCUUCCAACCUAAUAGGACUGGGAGGAAGUAGUUAUGUAUACCAUGGUCGGCUGAAAGAUGGUAGCAAUGUGGCAGUUAAGCGAUUAAAAGAUGAAGGAGUGCCAGAUGCAGACUCUGCAUUUUUCAAGGAGAUUGAACUAUUAUCUCGACUUCAUCAUUGUCAUUUGGUGCCUUUGCUUGGAUACUGCUCGGAGUUAAAGGGAAAACAUGUUCAGAGGUUACUAGUAUUUGAGUAUAUGUCUAAUGGAAAUUUAAGGGACUGCUUAGAUGGAGCUUCUGGAAAACAUAUGGAUUGGGCCACUCGUGUUACGAUUGCAAUAGGAGCUGCAAGAGGAUUGGAGUAUCUCCAUGAAGCAGCUGCUCCAAGAAUUCUUCAUAGAGAUGUCAAGUCAACUAACAUUCUUCUGGAUGAAAAUUGGCAAGCGAAAAUAACUGAUCUUGGUAUGGCUAAAAACUUGAGAUCUGAUGACCUCCCCAGCUGUUCAAAUUCUCCAGCAAGAAUGCAGGGAACAUUUGGCUAUUUUGCACCUGAGUAUGCCAUUGUUGGUAGAGCUUCUCUUGAGUCAGAUGUCUUUAGUUUUGGGGUGGUCCUUCUUGAGCUUAUCAGUGGUCGGCAACCCAUCCACAAAUCCACAGGCAAAGAAGAAAGCCUCGUUAUAUGGGAUAGUGGGCGAGUGAUAGCAGAGUUGGUUGAUCCACAAUUGAAAGGAAACUUCCCAGAAGAAGAGGUGCAGGUUAUGGCAUACUUAGCAAAGGAGUGUUUGCUGCUGGAUCCUGACACUAGACCAACCAUGAGUGAGGCUGUUCAGAUUCUUUCAAGUAUUUCCCCAGGCAAAUCUAGAAGGAGAAGAAACAUUCCAGCAAACCUCCUUCAGGAACUAGAGGAUGCUGCUGAAAAGCAAAAGAAAACUCUAUCCAAUAACUUUCCAAUUCAUAGCUCAUUGCCACAAGAUACUGAUCAAAAUCUUAGUGUUGUGCACAAAAAUAAAGAAGCGGAUGCAGUUUCAGCUGAAUAUAUGGAGAGUUUGAUCCUCUUGACUUCUAAAUCUGAUAGCAGGCAUGCAUCAGAAGAGGAAAUGGUAGACCUAACUGAGCCUAGGUUUGAAUCAUUUUGCAUCACAAAUGGCAAGGUCCCUUGAAAACACAAGACCUGGCAAGAACAGAGAUGCAGAUGGCUGAAGUCUUAUGUUGUGAGCACUGCUGGUACAACUAUGUUGCUUGUACUAGCUUCAGUUAUUGUGUUUGACUCAAUGGGAUAAGGGAUGCCGAUCUACAAUUUUACUUUUUCACUUUGUUUUGAAAGGAAGAGCACAGAGGUGUUGUUAGAUAAGCACUGAAAUAUAUUUGUUUGUUUCUUGUACAGAAAGACAUAGGAUAAUAGGAGAUUCUGGUUCUUCUUUAUUUGGAGAAGAACCGUGUGACAUACACAUUAAAUUAAAGAUUUUGGACAUAGAAAUAAUUGUUUUACAAAGGAACUGUCCUAAUACAGAUGCCAUUGCUCAAAAGUCCUUGUCCCCAAGAGGGUUAAGUGUAAUAAAUUAAAUGAAACUAAGGUUUGUAC